AUGCAGAUCAUUAUUGGUGAAAGAUCCUAUGCAUCUGGAAAGAAGCUAUGGGACGUGCCUGUGUCUCAGGCUCACCAGCACAGCACUGGAAAACACCACUGGGAGCCACAGUGCCAGUACCAACGGCGCCACCUACAGGACAGCGCUAGAAUUUCAGCUCUUCUGCCUCCCCGGCUGGAAGGUCAUUGGAUUUCUACAGGCUGUGAGGUACGUCCGGGACCGGAGUUCCUGACCAGAUCCUACCUGUUUUACUCCAACCGCUUGUUCAAGGCUUAUCAGUUCUACUACUGGGACCCCUCCUGCCACAAUCCGUCCCACUCCUUGGUCAUCAAAGGCAAGCUCAGGCUGCGCCAGGCCUCCUGGAUCACCCGAGGGGCAACUGAGGCAGACUACCACCUGCACAAAGUGGGUAUUGUUUUCCACAGCCAGAGGGCCAUGCAGGAGAUUUCGGCCCGGAUCAAUCAGACGUCAGGAGGGGGCUGCAGUGGAUUCUUUCCACCUGGCCGGUCCUGGGCUCCCGGAGUCCUCUACGAGGUGCUGAGUGCCAAGGAGGGGCGGGAUUGCACCACAGCCCUGGGCUUUGCCAUGCACGAACUCAGCCUGGUGCGGGUGGAGAAGCAUUACGAGCCCCUGCUUCAAACUCAGCCGAGCGGCAGCAGGACAGUGGAGGAACUGUACCUAGGGGACAUUCACACCAAGUGGUCUGAGAGGCUCCAUUAUCGACCAACGGGGUAUCAACGCCCUUUGCAGAGCGCUGUGCAUCAUGCACAUCCUUGCCCUGCUUGUGGGAUUAUAUACAGAUCUGAUGAACACUAUCCACCUAUAUUACCAGCUAAAGCCGAGCUGCCGAUGCAGUUAAGUGGCAGGUGGGUGAGUGCUCAUUGUGAAGUCCGGCCAGCUGUGCUUUUUCUUACCAGGUACUUCAUAUUUCAUGGCAACAAUCGCACCUGGGAAGGGUACUAUUAUCACUACUCUGACCCACUCUGCAAGCAGCCUACUUUUACCAUCUAUGCAUCUGGGCACUACACCAAGGGCAUCCCAUCCUCCAUAGUGAGAGGAGGCACAGAGCUGGCAUUUAAAGUGACCUGUGCUCGGGUUACAGCAAUGGAUCAGGUAACAGUGACUAUGCUAAACUCCUCAGAGCCAGGUACCUGCGGGGAGACAGGCUUCUGGAGUGCCGGGAUGGAGCAGGAUAUAACGCUGACCAAUGGGUGUCUGGCUUUGGGCAUCAAGCUGCCCCACACAGAAUAUGAACUCUUUAAAAUGGAGCAAGACAUGAAAGAUCGCAGCUUGCUGUUCAUCGGUGAAAGGCCCACAGACGGAUCCAGCCCUGACAGACCUGAGAAGCGGCCCACCUCAUACCAGGCACCGCUUAUUCAGUGUGCCGGGGCUACCGGAGUCUUUUCUAAACACAUCAGUCCACGCUACCUGGGAAAAGAGGAUAAUAACGGGAAUGAAGCACUAAAACCUUUGCCUAUGGCCUUUUUAUUAUCACUUAUGGCAAUGCAGUUUUUAAGAUGGGACUAG